AGGGAAUUUUUCAUUUGCCCAUGAUCAAAGCAAAUACACAAACACAAGAGAGAGACCUUCGCGGGUUUGUUGUCCAAAUCCAAAUCCAAACGCUGCUCUUCUGUUUUCCACUGCCCUUUCGUGGAUCACACACUGAAACCUUCCUCUCAGUUCCUUCAAUGGCGUUUUCCUCUCUCCCUAACUACCGUUUUGCCUUCGCUCCCAUUUUCUUCCUCCUCUUCCUCUGUUCCUUCAUCUUCUUCACCAAGCGAAACGCUGACGUUUCCCUCUCUCUCUACAAAGAUCUCUCUUCCCAACCCCCUUUUACCGUCUCUCUAGCUCCUCCUUCUCCUCCUCCUUCAAUAGCCGAACCCCAGAUGUCUUUUUCUGAUUCUGGGUCUGAUUCUUCUGACAUUGAGUCCUUAACGAACCCAUCUGCCCAAGAAACAAAGAUUUCUAAUGAUCCAAUUGAGGAUAAGCUCUCUGUUAAUGGCGAAAAUGGGUCGGUUUCUGAUGGUGAAGCUGCUGCUUCUAUGGUGGCUGAUGAUGGUCCGGAUUUGUCGGUGGAGGGGCUGAAGCAAUGUGAUCUUUACAUGGGGACAUGGGUUAAAGAUGAAGAGCAUUAUCCGGUUUAUAGAGUGGGUUCUUGCCCUUAUGUUGAUGAGGCUUAUGACUGUGGGAAUAAUGGGAGAGCUGAUUCUGAGUAUACGAAAUGGCGAUGGAAGCCUUAUGGCUGUGAUCUUCCGAGAUUUAAUGCAACAGACUUUUUGGUGAGACUGAGAGGGAAAAGAUUGAUGCUCGUUGGAGAUUCUAUGAACAGAAACCAGUUUGAGUCAAUCCUUUGUCUCCUUAGAGAAGGUCUUCGAGAUAAGAAGAGAAUGUUUGAGACCCAUGGCUAUAAAAUAACUAAGGGAAGAGGUUACUUUGUCUUCAAGUUUAAGGAUUACGAUUGUACAGUUGAAUUUGUUAGAUCACAUUUUCUUGUGAGGGAGGGAGUUCGUAUAAAUGCUCAAGGAAACUCUAAUCCGACUCUAUCAAUUGAUCGAAUUGACAAGAGUUCUGGACGCUGGAAACGUGCUGACAUUCUUGUGUUUAAUACUGGCCACUGGUGGACUCAUGGAAAGACUGCUCGUGGGAAAAAUUAUUAUAAAGAAGGCAACGUUCUCUACCCACAGUUCGAUGCUGUUGAGGCUUACAGACGAGCACUUAAGACAUGGGGAAACUGGAUUGAUAAUAAUAUAAAUCCAGCUAAGCAGUUGGUCUUCUACAGAGGAUAUUCUUCUGCCCAUUUCAGAGGUGGAGAUUGGGAUUCAGGAGGAUCAUGCAAUGGUGAAACCGAACCAGUCUUAAGUGGUGCCAUCCUUGACAACUAUCCUUUAAAAAUGAAGAUAGUUGAGGAAACAAUCAAGGGAAUGAGGGUUCCAGUCAUACUUUUGAAUGUUACAAGGUUAACCAAUUUCCGCAAGGACGGUCACCCAUCAAUCUACGGCAAAAAUCAUACUGCUGCGAGAAAGGUUUCGACUAGACGGCAGGACUGCAGCCAUUGGUGUCUCCCAGGAGUUCCUGAUGCUUGGAAUGAACUUAUUUAUGCCGCUCUAGUUUCUCGAUCGAAAAAAUCCAAGUCCAUCUAGUUGAGCUACAGCAACAUUUUCUCAUUUGGGAAAGAAUCCAGAAUGGUUUCCCAGAAACUUCCCUCGGUGAAGACCACAGUCUGAUUUGGCUUGCAUUUUUGCAAAGGCCAGUCAUAGCUCUGGAUUGUUAGUCAUUCGUUUUUGCGGUCAACUGCUUCUAGCUGCUGUGUACAGAAUCUCUUAUAUUUUUAUUAUUCUUAUCAGAUUUGAAGGAAAUGUUUUAGUAUAAUUUAUAUAUUAUAGAUAUGAAAUGCAGUUGGUAGGGA